AUGGAUUGGGAGUCGAUCACGAUGGCUAGUCUUCACCUAACGAUGACCGAACAUCAAUAUUAUGAAGACAUAUUUAGUUAUUGCUGUGAAAAUGCAGACAACGACAGUGUACCGGUAAUCAAAGUUGCCGAACUAUUACGCUCGGCAAAUUUACCAGGAGUUGUCACGAUGAAGAUAUUGGAUAUCUGUUUUGGAACUGAAGCAGCACACAUUGGUACGCAUCUUGGAAAAAAACAAUUCUUUGUGCUAUUAAAACUUGUAGCAGCUCAUCAAGCAGGACUUAGUAUUCGUAAAGAUAUAAUUACUAUGCCUUUGGAUGUUAUUACAUUACCAAGAUUUACUUGGCCAGCAUCUGGAGAAGAAGAUGGUAGAAGAAGUUCAGAUUCAAAUAGGGCUAUGAAGAGUCAUCGCCAUGCUCCAGAAAGUACUACAGAAAGUGAAAGUGAAGCAGAAUCUCCAAGAGAAACUGGUGGUAGUACAGAUUCUCCAACACCAACAAAUAGUAUAAUACAGGAGAGAAAUAAUGAUAUAGGUGGUGAAACAAUAUUAGAUUCUGUGUCUGGAGGUUGGCAAGGAUUGUUAGUAUCCGAAGAACAAAGGCAAUUACUAGGAACUGAAGAAGAAAGUUCAGAGCGUCAUAGCAGUGAUGAAGGUGAAGGAGAUGGUGAUGGCUCAGGAUUUCCACCUGAAGAAGUAUGGAUAAUUAGUGAUGAACAACGUGAAUAUUAUACUACUCAAUUUUCACAAUUACAACUUGAUCCUGAAGGACUUCUACAUGGUUCCAUAGCCAGGACAUUUUUUGAAAAGUCUGGACUUCCUUUAGGAGAACUUAGUCGCAUUUGGCAACUAGCAGAUAUUACCAGAGAUGGAGCAUUGAGUUUACAAGAAUUUUUAGUGGCUAUGCAUCUUGUUGUGUUACGAAGAAAUCAUGUGCCUCUACCUGAUGUUUUACCUCCACCAUUAUUAAUUCCUUUGCUUAAGCAAAAGACUGGUCCACCAUCCAUUCCAUCAACUACUACUACUCAAAAAACUCCACCUAAUACUUCUGGUACUCGUGAAAGAAAUAAAGAAUGGACAAAAUUUGUUGAUUCGCCGACUGGAACUAGCAGUUCUUUGACUAGUCCAGGUUUACAAUUAGUAAAUUUUGAUUUUCAAAAAUCUGCUGUUGAAAAAGAUCCUAAAAUUCUGCAUCCUGUACCAUUGCGUUUGACACCUGAAGCAGCAAUUCUUGCUUCUGGAGCAAAUGGCAACACUAAUAGCUGUACUACAUUAGGAGAUGAUGAUCUCCAACGUACUGCAAGUGCAUUGGUGCAACGACCUCUCAUUAAAAAACCACCUCCACCUCCUGAAGAAGCUAUUAUAGUAACUCCAAAGAAGGAACCACCGCCUCCACCACCACCCAGACCAUACAGAACACAUGCAAGAAGUUCUAGUCUUGAUCUUAAUAAAUUAGGGAAAAAUGGUCAAAGUUUCCUUGGAGCACCUCCGCUAGUUCCACCAAGAAUCUCUCCUGGAAUUACUUCACCUCGAAAAUUGGUUGGUCAAAAAAGUGAGGGAGAGGGACAAAAAGCCCUAAAUGAAAAUCAAGGUUUUGUUGCUGAUUUUUCUCACUUUUCUCCAAAGAGCGAACUACCUGAAAAUUCAUCUCUGGAAACUCCACAAUCACAACAAUUUACUGGUGUCUGUGGUGCGUUUCAUAUUUAUAGAAAACCAAGUCCAAAGCGAGAAGGUGGAGAUGAAGAAGCUCCUAAGGAUGAAGUGGAAGAAUCAAAAAAAUUAACAUUACAAGAAUUAAGAGAAAAAAACGCUGAAUUGCGAUUAGUUUGUGAAGAAUUAACACGAGAAUUAGCUAGCGCACUUCAAGAACGUAUAAAUCUUCGUGCAAAACUUUUACUUUUAACAUGA